UAUGUGUGCGUGUCUCUCUCUCUCUCUUCUUGAACACAACCAACCACGAACACACUCCGUAAAAGCGGAUCGCAUUCCGGUCGACAUUCUCUCCGAGAAAAUCGGUGAAUUACUUCACCACCGAAACGGAACUGCUUCCGUCCGGAGAAACAGAGGGCUGGGUGUUUCAGGAGGAGGAGGAGGUGGAGGAGAUGGUGGGACCAGGGAGGCCUCAGUUCGUCCUGUUCGGCUCUUCCAUAGUGCAGCUCAGCUACAGCAACGGCGGUUGGGGCGCCAUCCUCUCCGACGUCUACGCUCGUAAGGCUGAUAUAGUGCUGCGAGGAUACUAUGGAUGGAACUCGCGCCGCGCCAUCGAGGUCCUCGAUCAAGUUUUUCCAAAGGAUGCAGCAGUACAGCCUUCCCUGAUAAUAGUUUAUUUUGGUGGUAAUGAUUCAAUGGGGCCUCACUCAUCUGGCCUUGGCCCACAUGUUCCUCUUCAUGAAUAUGUCGAAAACAUGAGAACGAUUGGAGAGCAUCUCAAGAGUCUUUCUGAUUCAACACGAAUUAUAUUUCUUAGCUGCCCUCCUGUCAAUGAAGACAAAGUUCGUCAAACCUCAAGUGAGUUUUUCAGUGAGCUAGUACGCACGAAUGAGUUGUGUCAAAUGUAUUCGGAAGCAUGCUUAAAGCUGUGCAAGGAGAUUGGGGUGCCAGCUGUUGAUCUUUUCAGUGCAAUACGGAGAAGACCUGAUUGGCUCAAUACAUGCUUUACGGACGGUGUCCAUUUAGCUGCUGAGGGCAGCAAGGUGGUAGUGGAGGAGAUACUGAAGGUGCUUAAGGAAGCAGAAUGGGAGCCGUCUCUGCAUUGGAAGUCAAUGCCUACCGAAUUCGCAGAGGAUUCGCCAUAUGAUCUCGUAGCUGCCGAUGGAAAAACAACAUUGAAUCCAUCGGAAUGGACAUUCCACAGGGCAAUCCAGUGGGAUUAGGUCGCUGAACAGUCUCAUGCAUGCUUUGCGCGAUCCAUAUUGACGGGAGAUGUAUGAUGGCACGAGAAGGAAGGAAUUGAGAAUAGUAUGUCCAACAGGUGUUGUAGGGUACUGCUCAGAUGAAGUAUGUUCCAGAUUCUUGCCAGAUUAUCUUCUUUUCAAUAAUGCGUCGUCUUGUCAUGAUUUGACGGCCUAAGAUCAGAUUGUUUUUAUUGAUUGACCUGAGGUUAGCGGUUACAUCAGACUACUCUUAGGAGGAGACAUUUUAUGUGUUGUGAAAGCAGUUUUGACUGCUGAAGAUAGCGUACCCGAAGAUCCCGGAUGUCGCAGUC